CCUGGAGGUGGAGAGAAGCUCCCCGCUGACUGGACAUCAGCACCCGGUCGGUUCGGAACCGAUCCGAGCUUUUUAAACAACUUCCGCUUUAAAAACAAACCCGGAAUAAACCAGGAAGAUCAGCGGAGGCUCCCCGCGUCUUCACCCCGCCGACCGCUGCCUCUGCCGGGGCGCGCUCGGAGCGGCGCACCGCUGGUCUCCGCUGGACCCAAACGGAUCUCCAGUUCAUUUGUUCAGAUGAAACGUUCUCCAGCAGGCUGCUGAACCACUUCAGACAGAGCAGUGCCGCCAUGCUGAAGCCGGGUGACCCCAGCGGUUCGGCCUUCCUGAAGGUGGACCCGUCCUACCUGCAGCACUGGCAGCAGCUCUUCCCGCAGGCCCAGCUCAAGGCUCCGCUGGCCCCGCCGCCGCCUCCGCCUCCACCAGACCGCCUCGCCAUCGCCGUGGACGCCCUGCGCCCGUCCCGCCUGCACGCGCACCUCCUGGCCUGCACAUCCUCAUCUUCCUCCACCUCUUCCUCCUCCGCAGCUCCUUCCUCCUCCUCCUCCAUCUCCACCCCCGCGGGCCUCGCUCAGCUGCCCGUCCCGCAGCAGAUCGCGCUCUUCGGGCAGGCGCUGGCCCCGGCGCCGGGGGCCGCGGCGGACCUGGUGGUGGUGGUCCCCCCGGACAACCAGCAGGGCCACAACCCGGCCGCGGAGCUCCUCCAGCAGGCCAAGGAGCAGCGGUGCGCGGCGGUCGGGGUGGUGUCGUCCAGCGUGAAGAGCGGCGGCGGCGGCGGCGGCGCGGAGGAGUGCGGGAAGGCUGCGGGGGGGCGAUGCAAGCUGACCUCCGAGGAGCUGGACUACUACCUGUACGGUCAGCAGAGGAUGGAGAUCAUCCCGCUGAGCAACCACACCGGGGAGCUCAACAACCGUUGCGACAUGUGUGCAGAUAACAGGAACGGUGAGUGUCCGAUGCACGGCCCUCUUCACUCGCUGCGCCGCCUGGUGGGCACCAGCAGCACUGCAGCGCCUGUUCCUCUGCCGGACGUCCCUGAUUGGCUGAGGGAUCUGCCCAGAGAGGUGUGUCUCUGCACCAGUACGGUUCCCGGUCUGGGUUACGGGAUCUGUGCCGCCCAGAGGAUCCCUCAGGGAACCUGGAUCGGCCCGUUCCAGGGCGUCCCCCUCCUGGUGGACAAACUGCACUCCGGGGCCGUCAGGAACACCAGACACCUGUGGGAGAUCUAUGACGCAGAGGGAACGUUGCAACACUUUAUAGAUGGAAACGAUCCCAGUAAAUCCAGUUGGAUGAGGUACAUCCGCUGUGCGAGACACUGUGGCGAGCAGAACAUGAUGGUGGUCCAGUACAGGUCGUGCAUCUUCUACAGAGCCUGCAUGGACAUCCCCAGAGGGACGGAGCUGCUGGUUUGGUACAACGACUCGUACACGUCCUUCUUCGGCAUCCCGCUGCAGUGCAUCGCUCAGGACGAAAACCUCAAUGUUCCAGCCACGGUGAUGGAGGCCAUGAGCAGACAGGAAUCCCUCCAGUCCUUCAGCAAAAACAGCAAGCCUUCCUCGUCUUCAUCGUCCUCCUCUUCCUCCCCUCCGGCCGCCCUGCUGCGCUCCAUGGUCUUCCCCCACACCCCUUGCACCCGGAGCUUCUCGCUGCUGGACAAGGUCGGGGUCGGAGUUCAGUCGGACUCCGGCUUCGGCCAGCUGGGCUCGAAGAACCAGCGGGUUCUGGCGAGCCCGACCUCCACCAGCCAGCUGAGCAGCGAGUUCAGCGACUGGCAUCUGUGGAAGUGCGGCCAGUGCUUCAAGACCUUCACCCAGAGGAUCCUGCUGCAGAUGCACGUCUGUCCGCAGAACCCCGACAGGCCGUACCAGUGUGGCCACUGCUCCCAGUCCUUCUCGCAGCCGUCGGAGCUGAGGAACCACGUAGUGACGCACUCCAGCGACCGGCCCUUCAAGUGCGGCUACUGCGGCCGCGCCUUCGCCGGCGCCACCACCCUCAACAACCACAUCCGGACGCACACCGGAGAGAAGCCGUUCAAGUGUGAGCGCUGCGACCGCAGCUUCACGCAGGCGACGCAGCUCAGCCGCCACCAGCGACUCCCCAACGAGUGCAAACCGCUCAACGAGAGCAGCGAGUCCAUCGAGGUGGAUUAACCUCUGACCUCCGGCUGGCCGCCGCCUCACCGGCCAUCCGUCCGUCCGUCCACAGUAAGCCGACACGUCCGCACCUCAGAGUCUGACCCGUCCAGACGUCUGCCCUCCUCUCUUCCCGCUGCGGCGUUCCCGCGACGUUCAUCCCGUUUUGCAGAAAUCAGCCGAUCCUCUGAUCCGUUUCUGCUGCCGGACUCGUGCAGAAACGGAUCCGGGUUCAGAGAAACGGAGUGAAAACCACCAAACCAAAGAUCCGAGCGGUCGGAGCGUUCUGGACACGGAUAUUUACUGGAGGCUCCUGGGAAAACCACCGAGCUUUGCUCCAAAGAAAACCUUCUGAAAAGCCGAAUAAAGCGACUGAUUGUCCUCCUGCAGCUUCACCUCCAGGUGGCGGACAGAGAGGCUGACCGACCCGUUUACGGCCCACAGACAGAGAAAAACACAUUCUAUUUAUCUUCCUGCUCACAUCGUGCUGCAAGCACUUUUUAUUUUGGAACGCUAAGUUAAUAUUUGCAGCUCUAAUGUUGAUAAAUGUACAGAGGGAUUUCUUAUAGAAAUGAUCCCAGAGCUAAUAUGAAGCAUGACUUCAAUCAUCUUCACAGUCUGAUGUUUCUACUUCCUGUUUCCUGUUUUCUAAAUCUCCUCCCUCCUUCUUCCCUCAAAGAGUUUAUUUGCCUCAGACGUGUAAAUAAUCAUGAAGAUCCGGUUUGUAUUAAAGCUCCGAAGGCUGAAGUGAAAACAGUCGCUGUGCCUGAGAGUUAAAAAGCUUUAAAUCGGCUCCGAUGCAAAGAAACAGGAAAAUCAGCACAGAGGGAUG